GUAACGCAUCUCGCAUUUCUCCUCGCGGUUUUUUGUUCCUUAUUCUGAAGUAAAAAUAUCAGUUGAGUGAAACUUUAAUUCUAACGGUGUGCAAGUAAUAAUAAUUAUGAAAAAUUUGAUUGAAGACUACAAUCAAAUGCAGCGCGACUAUUACAAUCCGCUGUUGAAUCGCUACGACCGGGGUCCCGGAGCAGACUUGGAUGACAGGCAGCAACCGGGUGCGUUAGCUGCAGCAGCAGCAAAAGCGACUAGUUCCGUAGGUGACGGAUGCAGCGGAAUGGCACUAAGCGAUCCUCCAGCUGUUCGGAUUCAUUUGAAAAACACACAAGAUUUGACAGCGGAUGGAUUAAUCCAACUUUGUCGGCCAUAUGGAACUGUGGUUAGUGUGCAUAAACCUAAGGAUAAUGGGAAUUAUGCGUUUGUUGAAUUCGCUAAUCAAAGUGAGGCAGGUUUAGCGAUUCAAGAACUGAACCGCAAGUUAGGAUUUCAGUUUUACCCUACCUUUGCUCACGAAAAAAAGACGCUACCAAUGGAAGUGGAAAGUUUCCCAGCUCCUCCUCCACCUUUUGAAUCGGCACCUGGGGAACGGUUAAUUCCUAUGCAAGAAAUUAGUGGAGAUGAGGAAAAUUGGGAAACCACAUUGGCACAACGAAGAAUCAAGACAGGAUUCUCGAUACCACUUAAAAUCCGCUUCCCUGCUAAGCAGGAUCUGUCAACAGCGAGUCACUAUUCAAACAAAUUUUCAGCACUGUCGACCGUAGAUUGCGAUCAAACUUUUAGUAUUGUGAUGCUUUUGGAAAGCGAACAUCGAGCUCCAAAUACAAAAUUGGAAUUCAACAUCAAGGAACGCAUCAACAAUUUACUUCAAAGAAUCACCAUUCAGCAGGUUACAGUAAUAGAUCAUAUGAAUGAUACGCCAGUAUUUGGAUACAGGGGUCUUUCAGAUGAGCAAAGACUGUUGUUUCCGGAAACUCGAUGUGUUGCAUGUGGUCAUCGAGGAUUCUUUAAAUGUAGUAUUUGUGAGUCUUCAUACUGUUCAACGCACUGCCAACGCGAAGAUUACAAAAAGCACCAGAGUUCGUGUCAUUUGAAAGGAUGGAAAGAACGUUCUCCCAUACAGAAAACAGCCAAUAAAGGAUAUUUCGAAGAGCUUGAUGGACUUACACAGGAAAAAUUUCCCAAAGGAUCACAUGUUACUAUUUUAUCCGUGCUAACCCCAGAGCGGGUUUUCGUGAGAUCGUUGGAAAAGGAAAGUAACAUCGGCUAUCUGCAAACGCUUAGUGAUGUGGCCAAAGCCGGACUCAGCGCCGAAAAAAUAACAGAUUCUCCUGAACCUGGCGAUAUAUGUUUGGCCCUUUAUCGGCCACUCAAUGCUUAUGCGCGUGUUUUGAUUAUUAAAGUAUCAAAAAAGCAAGCCCAUUGUGUAUUUGUGGAUUUUGGUUCGGUUGAACUCGUAAACAUUGAAGAUAUGAAACAAUUAAAUGAUGAUAAAUUGAAAUACAGACCCGUUCGAGUUCAUAAAGUCCAUCUCAAGGGCAUAACCGAGGAGUAUGGCCAUGUCGAGAAAGCAAUGUAUUACUUAAACAGCCUCAUAAAUAAACCUCUGGAAAUGAAAGUAAAAGUCGAAGGUAGUCGCAAUCUAGUGGACGCUCAACUUCGUACAGUCGAAGGUGUUACUGUCAACAAAUACAUCAACCAAUUGAUAACCUUGCCAGUAAUAAAAGUCAUCGAAAAUAUUGAUUCGUUCAUUGACUACAAUAAGGUAUCUCAUAAAAAACUGCCAGUUAAUGAAAAAAUAGACAUCAUCAUUCUGAACCGCACUACAAUCAAACUCGACUUUCGUGUAACCCUUAUUGCGUACCAAGAUCUUCCAUACCUACAAGAUCUCCAGCAGAAACUGCAAAGCUAUGGUAAAAAAGUGGAGAAAUUUUCCGAACCUUACACUCCUCGCUUAAACGAACUGUGCCUGGUAAGGAAUAUGAGCACCUGGUAUAGGGGCGUUUGCUUAGAAUCUGUUGGCGACGGUCGGCCUUCCAUAUUUCUUUGCGAUUACGGUUGUUUGCUAAUGGCAAAACUAGAGGAUAUUCGAAAAAUACCACCCAGUUUGGCAGUGGAGGUACGCACUACUGAUGCAAAAGUGUUUAGACUAGAGGAAGCUGAGAAGGCUGGGGUCAAAAUUGAUUCUGAGUUUUUGGAUAUCUAUCUAGAAGAAAACGAACGGAUGGCGGUAGAGACUACCGAGGAGGUUGAAUUCCAAGAGUUUGGUGACGCACUGUCAAAAGAAGACAUAACAAUGCUUUCGGUUAUUAUAGUUCCGGAUUUGAUUGAAUUCAUUGAUGAUCGAGUUCAUCGAUAAAAAAUGGAUUACGUAAAAAGUACAAUGCAUUGGACAUCAAGUUGGGUGAUUUUUCGUUUGGUUCAAACUUGAUAUUGAUUUCAGAUUAAGAAAAGCUUCAAUAAAUUGAUAUUCCUUCA